GCCACCCGCCGGCAUUACCCACUGCCACCCCUAGAGAGGAUGACGAGCGUUUCGCUAUCGAGAGAGAGAGGAUGAUGAACAUGCGUUGUUUAUAUUUAAGAAAUCCAUACAGUAACCCUUCUUCUCGCUCUUAAAACUACCAAGUCCCAAUAAUAAGAUGCCUUUUUCCAGCAGGUAAACUCAGAGGCAGGAAGCUUAUCAGAGAGAGAGGCGUGGCGAUUGAUGGGCGAGUUUUUGUUGAGAUGCAUAUGUGAUUCUGAUCAAUAUUGAGAUGAAUAUGUGAUUGUGAUCGAUAGGAAUUUAUUGAGAAAUUGGUUAGUUUGGAAUCAUGUGGCAAUCCAUCUCUCUUACAUUGGCCGCAACGGCUGGAAACAACAUUGGGAAAGUGUUGCAGAAGAAGGGCACCCUCAUCUUACCUCCCCUCUCCUUCAAGCUCAAGGUGCUAAGGGCAUAUGCAAUCAACAAAGCAUGGGUCACAGGUCUUCUUAUUGAUAUAAUUGGGGCUUUGUUAAUGCUGAGGGCCUUAUCUCAAGCACCUGUCUCCAUUAUACAACCUGUUUCUGGCUGUGGAUUAGCAAUACUUUCUAUUUUUUCACAUUUUUACUUGAAGGAGAUCAUGAAUGCUGUUGACUGGGUAGGAAUUACCUUAGCUGGUGUUGGCACAAUAGGUGUUGGUAUUGGAGGAGAGGAGCAAAGCGGUUCUACAAUAUCAUUUAUCCACCUACUUUGGCUGGUUUCCAUUGUUGCCAUUUUGUUUGUCCUUUUGAAUGGAUGGCUUCGAAUUUUCAAACAUCAACGCCGUGAACAAGAGUUGAUGCAUUUUGAUGUUGUUGAGGAAAUCAUUUCUGGCUUGGAGUCGGGCAUUUUAUUCGGGAUGGCUUCAGUAAUUUCAAAAAUGGGAUUUGUAUUUUCAGAGCAGGGCUUCCCAAAGGUGUUCAUUCCUAUUUGCAUCUCAAUCAGCAUAUGCUGUAGUGGGAUCGGAUUCUUUUAUCAGACUCGAGGCUUAAAGCAUGGAAGGGCAAUUGUGGUUUCCACAUGUGCAGCUGUAGCAUCAAUCCUGACAGGUGUGCUUGCUGGCAUGCUUGCGCUGGGUGAACAACUGCCUGCUGCUCCAUUGGCCCGUCUUUUCGUCUUGCUUGGCUGGCUGCUUAUCAUGGCUGGGGUAAUCCUACUUGUAAGUUCGCAGAAGCUCCUCUUUCUUGCUCCUCGGCCUUUGAGACAGUUUCUACAUGGGGGCAGCGAAAGGAAUUUCGGUAUUAGAAGGUCCAAUUCAGUUCGUCUCAGAGACCCAAGUCCUACUACCCUUGUUUCGAUCAGCCCUCUCCACCACUUGAAAGCUUCUCCAGCCAAAGCAAAGACCUGAUGUCAUUGUUUCCUUUACUCUCUUAGAGACACAUCCGAAAGCAAUAGAGAUAGUGUAAAGCUGGACAAGUGAAGUGUAAACCAGCAUCUAAAGUCGAAGAAGAUCAUACUUGGAUUAGCAAGAUUCUUUCGUCUUACUACGUAAAUCUUCUGCAGUCCGGUUCGGAAAUUCGCAUUUGUUUGUAAUUUUGUUUUUCUUUAACUAUUAUUUUAUCCGUAUUCAAGGAUCUAGUGUUUCUUCAUUUACUCUUACCUUUGAUUGCCGUGCUUUAUCACGGCAUCGUUAGUAUAUCCAUUUUCCUUCAACUGGGAUGUGUAUACAUAUCAAGCAUAAACUGUGUUCAAUCAUACAUAUUCUGAGUGAUCAUAUUGUUAUGCUGUGCUCAGAUUCCAGUGUGUACAACGUUAUAAAAAAACAAGAGAUUCCAGUAUGCACAAUAAUGCAAGAACGCAUGGUCAUCAUUU